CCCACUAAACCGCGCACGAUACUACGCAUACGCGACACACCAGCAGCGCAGUAGACAGUAGUACAGCCCAUCCACUCCGCCUUCCCCUUCCUUCCCCGCAGUCAGUCUCCCCCACCUGGUCAAACCACUCCCCUCUCUCGCCCAACCCCCCACCACCUCCAAUCCAUCCACCAUGCCUCCCUCGCUCCUCCCCCUCCUCCUCCUGCUCGCCCUAGCCCUCCCCUUCCCGCCGGCCGCGCCGCAGCCGGCGCCGGGCUCGCCGUCGGAGCCCCGGGAGGACGACCUGCGGUGCCUCCGCGGCGUCAAGGACGGCCUCCAGGACCCGGAUGGCCGCCUCGCGUCGUGGAACUUCCGGAACACCUCCGCGGGCGCGCUCUGCGACUACUCGGGCGUCACCUGCUGGAACCCGCAGGAGUCGCGCGUCAUCACGCUCUCCCUCUCCGGCUUCGGCCUCCGGGGCCACGUCCCCUCCUCGCUCCAGUACUGCGGCUCCGCCAACACCUUCGACCUCUCCGGCAACGGCCUCGACGGCCCGAUCCCGCCCGCGCUCUGCGACUGGAUACCCUUCGUCGUCAGCCUCGACCUCUCCGGCAACAAGCUCUCCGGCCCGCUCCCCGCCGAGCUCGCCAACUGCCGCUUCCUUAACUCGCUCAAGCUCAGCGACAACGCCUUCACCGGCCAGAUCCCCGCGUCUCUCGCGCGGCUCGACCGCCUCAAGUCGCUCGACCUCUCGUUGAACCAGCUCGAAGGCCAGAUCCCGGCCCAGCUCGGCGCGACCUUCUCCAAGGAAUCUUUCUCCGGGAAUUCGGGCCUUUGUGGCCGCCCCGUGUCCUCGCGCUGCGGUCGCGGGCUUGGAGGCGCCGGCCUCGGCAUCGUGAUUGCUGCCGGGGUCUUCGGAGCCGCUGCUUCGUUGCUCCUCGCCUUCUUCUUCUGGCGAUGCACCGGGAAGAGCAAGGGCGGUCGCCGCCGCCGCCAGAGCCGCGGAGUCAGCGAGUCGGGGGUUACCGCUGCGGAGGACGGAAGCUGGUGGGCGGAGCGGCUGCGGGCAGCACACAACCGGCUGGCUCCGGUGUCGCUGUUCCAGAAACCAAUCGUCAAGGUCAAGCUUGCUGACCUGCUAGCAGCCACACAGGACUUCAGUACAGGCCAUAUCGUGGUGGCCGGGAGCUCACGCGCAGGGACGGCGUACCGAGCUGUGCUGCGCGACGGGUCUGCCCUGACGGUGAAGCGCUUGCACUCGUGCCCACUCUCGGAGAAAGCAUUCCGGUCGGAGAUGGGGAGGAUCGGGCAGCUGCGGCACCCAAACAUCGUGCCGCUGCUAGGGUUCUGUGUUGUCGAGGAUGAGCGGCUACUGGUGUACAAGCAUAUGGAGAGCGGGGCUCUUUGCUCGGUGAGGAAGGAGCCAGGGGAGACAUUGUUGGACUGGUCGACACGGCUCAGGAUCGCUGUUGGGGCGUCACGGGGUCUUGCGUGGCUGCACCAUGGCUUCCAGAUGCCACAGAUUCACCAGAACUUGAGCUCAAGCGCGGUGCUUCUCGAUGAGGACUACGAGGCUCGGAUCACAGAUGUUGGCCUCACAAGGCUGGUCCGGAUGGCACCAGGUGAGGGUGGUGAUACAAGCCCCUUCCUGAAUGGUGACUUUGGGGAGUUUGGGUAUGUCGCGCCAGAGUAUGCUAGCAAUCCAGUUGGUACCAUGAAGGGUGAUACAUAUGCAUUUGGGGUGAUACUGCUUGAGCUCGUGAGCGGGCAGGAGGCUGCUACCGUGGCAAGUGAUGUAGCGGGCGAAGGGUUCAAAGGGACAUUGGUAGAUUGGGUAUAUCAGCUGAAGAGCUCCGGCCGAAUCACCGAUGCCGUGGACAAGUCAUUGAACGGGAAGGGCCAUGAUACAGAGAUUGGUGAAUUCUUGAAGGUAGCAUUUCAGUGUAUUUCGGCUCGUCCGAAGGAGAGGGUUUCAAUGUACCGGGUUUAUCAUGCUCUGAAGAGUAUUGGAACGGGCCGUGAUGUCUCGGAGCAGUUCGACGAAUUCCCACUGUCCUAUAACAAGGAUGAUUCUGACACCAUGUAGCUGAUGAUGAUCGUGCAUCGGAUUGUGAACAAUUUGGUCAGGCUUAAUAUGCUACUUGCAUAUUCCUGCCAAUUAAAUUGAUCAAGGGCAUGCCGAGCCAACCAUGUCAACACCAUAACUACUGCGGGGUGCUCAAUUAAAAGAUCAUGGCACCAUCUCAUUUUGAGAUAAUCAUGUAAGCUGUAAGAUUAGUCUGUAUUGUCUUUUUAAAUUAUUGCUAGUGCUUGUAGUAUCUCCGUGGAACUGUAAUUCUUGUUGUGUCUAAAUCCUGAUAUCCCCCUUCUUGGAACAACUACCAUGCUCUCCAGUCUCCAAAAGAAAAUCAAAUUGGCAUUCAAAAAAUUGAUCAUUUGCCAAUUUAUCUUAAUUUUACAGGAAUAUUUCACUCUGUUA